AUGUCUGUGGACGACAACACGCCGUCUGCAGGCGACAACUCGCCGGUGCAGGACUUCUACCGGGACUGCGGGGUGCUGGUGACGGGCGGGACAGGAUUCCUGGGCAAGCUCGUCAUAGAGAAGAUCCUGCGAUGCUGUCCCGCCGCCAGGACCGUGUACGUGCUGAUACGACCGAAGAAAGGCGUGUCGGCGGAGGACAGGAGGGAGGCGCUUAUGGACAACGAGGUGUUCGAGCGCAUGAAGAGCGAGCAGCCCGACUGGCAGAGCAGGCUCGUGUUCGUGUCUGGAGACUGCUCGCAGCCUCGCCUGGGGCUGAGCGACACUGACUACCAUCACCUCACUCAACACGUCAACAUCGUGCUGCAUCUGGCCGCCACCGUCAGGUUCGACGAGACCUUGAAGGUGGCGAUCGCCAUCAACGUGAAGGGAACAGAAGAGGUCAUCCGGCUCUGCCGGGACUGUGUUCAUUUGAAGGCAGCUGUGUGUGUGUCGACUGCUUAUUCGAACUGCAUCCAUCGGGUGGUGAAAGAGGAGAUUUACAGCCCACCCAUGGCAUUGGAUCAAUUAUUCGCGCUGAUGGACAGGUUUACUGAACCUGAAAUUGUCAUGCUGCUUCCAAAGAUAUUAGGUGCUUGGCCAAAUACGUACUCAUUUUCGAAAGCAAUGUCAGAGUACUUGAUAUUUACUCAGGCAAAAUAUUUGCCUAUAUCCAUCGUUCGACCAUCAAUGGUCAUGGCAGCGAUCGCUGAACCGAUCCCCGGCUGGUUGGAAAAUGUGUACGGUCCAAUUGGCAUCGCCUUGGGAGUAGGCACUGGCGUCUUGCACGUGUGCUACGCCGACGCAGAAAAAGUACUGGACACUGUCCCAGCAGAUAUGGUUUCCAACUGCAUUAUAGCGGCGGCUUUUGCGACGGAGAAUAGGGAGAAAGGUGGAAUCGAUGUUUAUAACAUUACCAUGGCCAAAACCAAACUAGAGACUGUAAAACAGUUCGCUGAAAACCAUACAUCUGUGCUUGCCAGAUUUCCAUUUAAUACUUCAGUCUGUGGCAGGGGUCGUCACUACGACCUGCUGUAA